AUGCCACGGAAGAGAAUUGCAGUGAUUGGAGCUGGGGUCAGUGGAUUAGGUGCCAUUAAGACCUGUCUGGAAGAGGGACUGGAGCCUACCUGUUUUGAAGGAAGCGAUGACAUUGGAGGGCUGUGGAAAUAUGUGGAGAAGAUUGAACAUGAUAGACCAAGUAUCUAUAAAUCUGUUACCAGCAACACUUCAAAGGAGAUGAUGGCCUAUAGUGAUUACCCUUUCUCUGACCACUUUCCUAACUACUUGCACAAUUCCAAAAUCAUGGAGUAUCUCAGGAUGUACGUCAAACACUUUCACCUUAUGAAGCACAUUCAGUUUCUGACAAAGGUGUGCAGUGUGAAGAAGCGCUCAGACUUCUCUUGCACGGGACAGUGGGAUGUUGUGGUCGAGACCGAAGGGAAGCAGAGAUCCUACGUCUUUGAUGGGGUUAUGGUGUGUACUGGCCUUUUCACCCAUCCCUCCUUGCCACUAGAGAAUUUUCCAGGGAUGAAGAGGUUCAAAGGCCAAUACAUCCAUAGCAAGGAAUACAAGAGUCCAGAGAAAUUCCGAGAGAAGAAAAUCAUUGUGGUCGGCAUUGGAAAUUCUGGAGUUGAUUUGGCAAUUGAGCUCAGCCAUGUAGCUUCACAGAUUUGGCUCCUAAAAUUCUCUGUGUUUCUGAGCACAAGACGGGGUACAUGGAUCUGGAAACGUGUCUGGGAUCAUGGGAUGCCCAUGGACACCGUCCUCUUUACUCGUUUUAACUCUAUUGUCUGCGAAUUUUGCCCUUUAUUCUUAAUCAACAGAUGGGCAGAGAAUAAAUUAAAUGUUCAAUUUAACCAUGAACUGUAUGGUUUACAGCCUCGACACAGGUUUCUAAACCAUCAAGCUACUUUUGGUGAUGAUCUGCCCAACCACAUAAUUUCUGGAAGAGUUCUGAUAAAACCAAAUGUGAGAGAGUUUACAGAGACAUCGGCCAUCUUUGAAGAUGACACAGAAGAGGACAUUGAUGUCAUCAUCUUUGCUACAGGCUACACGUUGUCUUUCCUUUUCUUGGAGGAUGACUCAAAAAUCCUGGACAGCCAGCACUCUAUGUUUAAAUUUGUGUUCCCUCCUCAGCUGGAGAAGCCAACACUAGCUUUUAUUGGCAUCAUCCAGCCAGUGGGAGCCACCAUUCCCACUGCAGAAAUCCAGAGCCGAUGGGCUGUACGUGUUUUCAAAGGAUUGAAUAAACUACCUUCAGAGAGUAGCAUGAUGGCGGACAUAAGAAAGAUGAGAGGGAAGUUGGAAAAAGUAUUCCUGAAUGGUCCUCGCGUUACAUACGGCAGGGUGCCGUAUGUGGAUUACAUGGAUGAAAUUGCCUCGGAAAUAGGUGUGAAGCCCAAACCGCUCUCCCUCUUUCUGUGGGAUCCACUGUUGGCCAAGGAAGUUUUGUUGGGACCGUGCACCCCUUUCCAGUAUCGCAUCCAGGGGCCGGGAAAGUGGGUGGGGGCCCGGGGAGCCAUCCUGACCCAAAGAGCGUGGAUCAUCAAGCCUCUGAAGACUCGCGUCCUCGCCUGCCACCAGCCUCCACUCUCCAUGCCAUUUUGGCUUAAAAGUGUCUGUGCAACCUUUUUCCUCUUGGUCCUCACUUUAGUCGUUGUUAAAGGAUAA